AUGGCUGAGAACGGUCCUUCGACGGCUACGAGCCAGCUUCCUCCCCCUCCUCAGCCCAACGCGGGCGCUCCUGGCUAUGAAAAUGGCCAGAACACGACGUCAAACCCCGCACAUCUGCCUCCUCCUCCCCUCCAUAUCCCCCAGAACACUAAUCCCAUCCCUUCAGCCAUCACCUCUCCAAUGGGCGGCAACAAUGAGAAUAAGACUAAUAUCAUGUCACCCACCAACAAUGCCCCACACUUCCCUGGCCGUCGCGCAGCUCCUGAGCCUAACAAGCGCGCGCUGUAUGUCGGAGGCCUGGAUCCCCGCGUCACGGAGGACGUCCUGCGUCAGAUCUUCGAGACGACUGGCCACGUCCAGAGUGUCAAGAUUAUUCCCGACAAGAAUCAUCGCGGUUACAACUAUGGCUUCGUUGAGUACGAUGACCCCGGCGCAGCUGAGCGUGCCAUGCAGACCCUGAAUGGCCGCCGGGUCCAUCAGAAUGAAAUCCGCGUUAACUGGGCCUACCAGUCCAAUAACGCGAACAAGGAGGAUACCUCAAACCACUUCCAUAUCUUUGUUGGCGAUCUUUCCAACGAGGUCAACGACGAGGUUCUCUGGCAAGCCUUCUCUGCUUUCGGUUCUAUCUCUGAGGCUCGAGUCAUGUGGGAUAUGAAGACUGGCCGUUCCCGUGGCUACGGGUUUGUUGCUUUCCGCGAGCGUGCUGAUGCUGAAAAGGCCCUGAGCUCCAUGGAUGGCGAGUGGCUUGGCUCCCGCGCCAUUCGUUGCAACUGGGCAAACCAGAAGGGUCAGCCCUCGAUCCAUCAGCAACAAGCCAUGCAGCAGAUGGGGAUGACUCCGACCACGCCAUAUGGCCAUCAUCACUUUCCCACGCACGGCAUCCAUAGCUAUGACAUGGUUGUCAACCAGACUCCAGCCUGGCAAACUACCUGCUACGUUGGCAAUCUGACCCCCUACACGACCCAGAACGAUCUGGUACCCUUGUUCCAGAACUUCGGCUACGUCGUCGAGUGCCGCAUGCAAGCCGACCGCGGUUUCGCGUUCAUUAAGAUGGACAGCCAUGAGAACGCGGCGAUGGCCAUCUGCCAGCUUAACGGCUACAUGGUCAACGGUCGCCCUCUCAAGUGCAGCUGGGGCAAGGAUCGUAACCCCAACCACCAUCAGCAGUUUGACCCCAACCACCAGUACAGCCCGCAGGGCGCCCAGGCCCCUGGCUACCCUGGUGCUCCGGGCGCUUAUCCCUACAAUCAAUAUGGUGGCGCCUAUGGUCCACCGGGCCAGCAGUCUGGUUAUGCUGGCCCUCAGGCCCAGUCGCCUGCCGGUUACGGUCCUCAGAUGGGUUACAAUGGCCCUCCGAGCGCUGGCGGCUAUGGCCGGGGCCAGGGCCCCGCGGCUCCCUGGAGCCAGCCUCCUCCGGCCCAAAACUUCAACAGCGGCUUCGCCGGCUAUCAGGGCUAG